CUAGAGCGGCUCACCCGGCUUCGCCGCUGGCCGCUCUAGACCUGCGUGGCUCGUUGGCUGUCUGUCGGCCCAAGCGGCGCUGUUUGGCUUUUCCAAGCCCGGCGAAGGCUUCGGCGGGGCGGAGGAUGGCGGAGGCCUCUUCGGCUGCCGCGACGGCCGCCGUCGCCCAGCACCGCUUCUUUUGCCACAGCUGCAAGGGCGAGGUCAGCCCCAAGCUGCCGGAAUACACAUGUCCCCGGUGUGAAUCUGGAUUUAUUGAAGAAGUAACAGAUGAUUCCAGUUUUUUAGAAGGCAACAGCAGUGGCAACGACGAAAGUCCUUCCACCCCAUUUGCAGAGUUCUGGGACCAGCUGGAUCGUUCCAUGGUCUUCCCAUUCCUAAGCAGCUCUCUGGACCACAAUGGCCGGGACAACGAGAGGGGCCACCAAGCCCAUGCAGAUCUUUGGGGACCAAGCCGACCCCCGCGACUGCCUAUGGCCCGGCGGUAUCGGCCCCGCCUCAGCACACGGCCCGAUCGGUCACCGGCCAUUGAAGGAAUAAUCCAGCAGAUCUUCGCCGGCUUCUUUGCAAAUUCAGCCGUUCCUGGAUCGCCUCCUCCGUCUUUCUCCUGGGGAGGCAUGCAGGGCAGGCUGCAUUCUAGCUUUGGGGACUACGCGUGGGACCAGAGCGGCCUCGAUGCUGUCUUGACCCAGCUUAUGGGACACUUGGAAAAUACAGGGCCUCCCCCAGCUGAGAAGGAGAAAAUCUCCUCCCUCCCAACAGUGACCGUCACUCAGGAACAAGUGGAUACAGGUUUGGAGUGCCCUGUGUGCAAAGAAGACUACACCGUGGCGGAGCAGGUCCGGCAACUUCCGUGCAAUCACUAUUUCCACAGCAGCUGCAUUGUGCCAUGGCUGGAACUGCACGACACGUGUCCCGUCUGCCGGAAGAGCCUGAACGGGGAGGAUUCCGCUCAGCGGGCCCCAACCACAGAGGCCUCCACGAGCAACUCCUUUAGCAGCCCAAGCCACCUGCAUGACCGAUGGACUUUCUGAAGGCUUCCCCAAGGGCCGCUGGGAGAGAGAGAAAGAGAAAGAAGGGCAAGCAACGGAGCCUGUCGCCUUCUUGGCUACGGAUGUAAAUUGUACGAUAACUCAGCCACACCAAGCGAGAAGAGGGAAAGCGGGGCCCGAGUGGCCCUUCAACACCCCCCCUCCCCAUCGAAGCUUGCGCCUCCCCCCCCUUCUGAAAAAAAACGGUCACCGAGGAAACACCUCUUGAACUUUUCAGGUCUGAAGAGGCCACGUUUAGUGGUUGCAGGGUGGGAGUGGUGUAUAUUAAAGCUUAUGGACUUUCCCCCCCUCUGAUAUCUGUACUGAUUGCUGGCUGGCUGGCUGGCCGUCCACAUAACGUCCUUUCCUGGACAUGGAAAGGGAACACAAACCUCGGGAAAGAGCCUGAAGGCCUGGCGUGCUUUAAAACGUGGCGUGGCUGGAAGGGGCUGGGUGGGGCUCCCUCUACGUUUGGCCAAUGGUGUCUUGGGUUCAGAAGGGGGAGAAGGGAAGGGGAGCCCCCCACCCUUCCACCCACCCCUUCCCUCACUCCAGGUUUCUGUGGAAGCACACAGGCCAGGCUUCUCCACGCGAGGAAAGUGUCCCUCUGACUGGAUUCCUUUCCUUGGACUGAAAUAUCCACUGGUCCAGUUUGCCCCUUGUGGUCAAACGGACUCCAUUUGUCUUUCACACCAGAAAUGAUUUUGCCACGUAUUCCUCAAUAUCGAGAACGCAAAUACCAUUACUUAAAAUAUCAAGAAGAA